GCGUUACUGUGCGGCCCUGCAUGGCAGUUGCAGAAAUACCAAUUAGUGUUAGUCUAGUUUUCCCCGUGGUAAUUUACGAAUCAAAUUUCCGUCACAUAAAAUCUACUAGAAUUUACAAAGGCACCCAGAAGAGGCUUUUAGUUGCACGCAAUAAUAUUUCCAAUGCAGAAUACUUGCAAUUCUGCAUACUACAGCUGGAAACAGUGGUGUCAAUGUAAGAGGAAGUCAGCUAACGUUAGCUGCCUGACUUAAAUAGGAAGCAAGCUAACAGCCAACACAGGUAGAUGCACAUUGACUGAGACAAGUCAACUACGGAUAGCAGGCACGAAAUCUAAACGGAACUGGCUAACGUUAUACUUUGUGGGAUUUUGGAUAGCUGUUCAACCUCAAACUUUUUUCUCGACACGUUUUUGGAAGCUUGCUCCCGGCGGUGUGUAGCAAUGCGGAGGGUAACGAUGCCGGGGGUUGGCUGGCUGGUGGUGGCAGUUUUGUCCCUCCUGAUUGAGCUGUGUCGGACAGAAGGAGGGGGCCCAAGCCUUGCCGAACGUGUAAUAUGGGCUGUAAAUUCUGGCGGAGAGGCUCAUACAGAUGCAGAUGGCAUCCACUACAAGAAAGAUCCUUUAGAAGGAAAGGUUGGAAAAGCCUCUGAUUAUGGAAUGCGUCUGCCUAUAUUACGCUCCAACCCAGAGGAUCAGAUUCUCUACCAGACAGAAAGGUACAAUGAGGACACGUUUGGGUACGAGGUGCCCAUCCGCGAGGAGGGAGAAUACAUUCUGGUGAUGAAGUUUGCAGAGGUCUACUUUGCGCAGUCACAACAGAAGGUUUUCGAUGUGCGUCUGAAUGGGCAUACCGUAGUGAAGGACCUGGACAUCUUUGAGCGUGUUGGGCACAGCACAGCACAUGAUGAAAUUGUGGCCUUUUCCAUAAAGAGGGGCAAACUGAGCGUGCAAAGGGAAGUCUCUACCUUCAAUGGCAAGCUCACAGUAGAAUUUGUUAAGGGUUACUAUGACAACCCUAAGGUAUGCGGACUGUAUGUGAUGAAGGGCACACUAGAAGAUGUUCCAAAGCUGCAGCCUCACCCUGGCAUGCUUGAUAAGCCGGAGCCUGAGGAGAUCGAUGAGGAAGACCUGGAUCUGCCCGACGAUGGCAGCCGCAAGAGUCCCUCCGCUGCCUCCAAGAACCGCGUGCAGUCGGGCCCGCGCACGCCGAAUCCGUACGCCGCCGACAACAGCAGCCUCAUGUUUCCAAUCCUGGUGGCCUUCGGAGUCUUUAUCCCCACGCUCUUCUGCCUCUGCCGGCUGUGAGAGAGCCACAGACCCUGAGGGAGGAGGAGAGGAGAGGAAAGGGCAGGGAGUCAGCCGGUGAUGGACAUAAGACUGUAAAGGAGGUGGUGGGGUGAACGGUUGGAGGGGAUAGUCUGCACAGGUGUGAAAGGAGGAAGGGGGAGGGGGAAGGGGGCAUGGAAAUGAAGGGAUGGGUAAAGUGAAAGCUGAUCACUAAACAAAAAGAGAAAAAGAAAAGAAAUUGGCUUGUGACUUCAGAAACUGCUUCUUCGUUGACUGCUGUCACAGAAGGGCUGAGAAGGGACAGGGGUAGGGCUGGGGUGGGGCGGGCGAGAGUGAAUAGAGGGAGUGCAAGUAUUUGGGGCUUGGGCAAGGUUUAGCAGGUUCUCCACAAUCCUGACACACACACACACACACACUUCAGUGGGACUGCUGAACGCCGAGCAGAGCACGCCAGACAGGACUGAUUGGUCAGGGAAUCCUAGUUUGUCUGGUUCGACGAGAAUCCGCAGGGCUCACUCUCGAGGGGCUUUUCGGCUACCGCCUUUUUCACCCUCUGGUCUUGCCAUUUGUCACUGGUGCGGGAAUGGGAAGAUGCCACAAAGUCGACAGGUUCUCGGGAUUGUCACUGCAAAUCUGCGUGCCUCUUCGGAGGCAGGAAAGGUACACAAGUCUCCUAAAAGCGUCUUUUAUUAUUAUUUCUUGUAGUGGCAGUGGAUUGCGCAGAUUGAGAGGGAAUGGCUCUUGAAGAGCAUAGUACUGCUAAUGUAAUGGCCUUGUUGUUUAUUUCAGGGCUGUUGCCAUGCCUUCCAUUCCAUCUUGAGUUCUUGCGUGAUUUUGUCGUUAUUUUUGCGGUUAUUUAAUGUCACCUCACCAUGUCCAAGCUGUAGAGCUGCUUGAAGUGUUUAUAAAACCUCUGAACACCUCUUGUGCCAGGAUUGAUUUGUUGGAUAUAGAGAAAGAAAAGCGGUACUAGUUCAUAAUUAAGAUAUGUCUUGCCAAAAUGCUGCCAGCUGAACUAUCUUUUGUGUCUUUUCAUUGUAUAUUUUAUUUAUAAAGGCAUAACUGUUGCUAGUGGGUCAUUCUGAUCAGAUAUUAUAUCAACUUCCAUCGGCUCACAACCUUAAUCAGUUAAUCAACAGUUAACUUUGAGUGUCAAGACUCAAAAAUAUUGCCAUUUUUCUCCAGGUUGUCUUUAACUUUGUGUGAAGUUUAUUGAAGGUUCUACCAAUCCCUUAAGCAGCAUUGAAUGGUGGUGCUCAUCAUCUUUGACUGAGAUUCUCAAUCUUCCACAGUGUUGGUUCAGCCUUUUUUUUUUUUUCCUUUAAUUUUCUUUGAAGACUACAUCCAUUUUCUGUUGCCCCCUGCUGAGACUGUCCCGCUCCUUAGUGUAUGAUUCCUCUGUGCUAUUCUUUUGGUUGUGGCAGUUUAUUUAGAGGUUAGAAGACUUGCCCCCGUCAUGGGGCAGAGAACAACAUAGCUGCUCAAAGUGUGUGUGUGUGUGUGUGCGUUUUCUUUGUUGCUUGUGUUUACCCUUGUGCCAUAUAGCUCUAUCCCAGUCCUCAGCAUCACCACAACUGCCUUUAUCAUUACCCAUUUCUUUUUAGAGCUUUUGACCAUUUGCUCACACGUUUUCUGUCGUGCUUCUCAUCAGGUAGUUUUCAUGGGUCAGUCUUGAAGACUUGUGGCCUGUUUUCCAGGCUUUUUUACAAGCCUUCAAUCAUCCAAGUCACAUAAUGCAUGUCAGCGGCCACCCAAAAUGUUGACCAAUGUUAGUAGCAGUGCUGACUUCAGCAAAGGGCUUCCGAUCUCAGUCACCAAUGUUGAUAUGCUAUUCUGAAAAGACAUGUAGGAUGAUCUAAUCAGUAGGGGUUUUCAUUUGGAAUCAAAUAAUUUAAUUUGGCUUCAGUCAUGUGUUCCCCAUUUUUAAAUAGUUUCAUAUACACUUCUGCUGAUUUUGACAUGCUGACUGGUCACUUUUUUUAUGUUACGUUGAGGAUAUGUGAGUUUAGAGGAAACAUUUGAUCAGUAUGACCACCCUUCACUCUGUAGUCAUCUUCAAAACCAUGGUCCCCCCACACUUACUUUUCAUUCCUGAUGAGCUUGAUUUGACUCCUUUACAAAAUAUCGUUUUCCAUCCACAUACAGUUUAGGACAAGAUGGCUCUUCCCUCUGCACAGUGUUCUAUGUGAGUUCUAUCCCCCCAAACUCCCACAAUCCACUUCACCCAACCCUUGCUUCUGUUGACGCUGGUGAACUUGAAAACGUCUUUGCUCCCAGAUAUCUUAAUUGCCUGUCUUUUUAUUUCUGGGAUUUUUUGCUCUGCGGUUGAGAGAGAUAGAGAGUGAGUGUCUCAUUUCUGCAGGUCUGAGUUAGGGGUUAUUUUGUUUUUUAACAGUUGUAAUUUUAACAUGCAGCAAUCGUUAAGAUAAAAUGAAAGCACCUUUUGAAGAAAAAAAAUAAUUUAAAUCAGCACCAAAGUUAGUUGUUUUGUUUGUUAUAAAUGUUUCUUCUUUUAGCAAGAAAAAAAUAUAUUACACAAGGUGUGUGUGUAUAUAAGGUACAAUAUCACACUCACUGAAGUGUGCCAAGCGGUUAAUCUUCUUUAUGAUAUCUUUGUGUGGUUUUGGGGAUUGUUUUUGUUUCUGGAAUGGAUAGCUGACUUCCCUUUGUAAAAAGUGGCCUUUAUGAUUGAGGCAGGUGCUAGAACGCAAAGUAGAACUAUUUCUGGAUGAGAUGGACACAGACACCCUGACUGAUUGUCAGAAAGUGAAGAUUAAAAGCUUGGGUUUGAACUUGAGGGUUUCUUUCAGCCUUUUUUUUUUUAUUGUGUAACUUAAGCGAAUGGGGAUUUGUGUUGAAUUGAAAUGUAAUACGGAUUCGUUGCUUAUAUAUAUUUUUUUCUCAUCAUGUUUGCUCCUCAGGAUUUUGUUUCCUUUUGAAUGAUUGUUAUGAUUGUUGUUAUUGGUGAUUGAUUUUUUUUUUUUUUUUUUUUUUUUUGCACUGCCUGGUAUUUUUUUAAAGCAUAUAUUUUCUGUCAUUUGUUGUAAUUCUAUUUUAAUUCUGUUGCCUGUCGCCUUGAUUUUUUUUUUUGUUUUAAUACAUGCAUAUAUACUUUACCAUUUUGUGGUACGUGAUCUUUCUGUCUGUUUGACUCUUGGCUGCAUGCUUAUUCUGUUUUAGUUAUUUAAAGUAUUCUGAACAUUAUGCAGUUUUGAGUACCCUUGUAUGAGAAGUUUUCAGAUGACAACCAAAGACUCACUGGCACCUGGAUGGGGAUGUCGAUUGUGCAUCUUGGUGGUUUUCAUUGUCUUUCAUGACUUCAUGGUCUAUGAUCUUACGACAUGCAGCUUCAUUCACUGUUGAAGUUGUACUUAAGAGUAGAGGUCCCCACUCCUUAAGCAAGCUACAUUUGCAUUAUGGAUGCCUGAACAGGAGGACUGAAGAAGGAAUUGCUAUCACAAGCACUCCCUAGCCCUACCUCCAACACACCCCUCCCCAGCAGUCUGUUCUCAAAAUCUGAAAGAAAAAAAUCAUCACCAUUGAGAACUGCAGAUAACUGCUGUUUCUUUUUAAUAAAUGUGCUAUUUUUAUCUAA